AAGCUUUUUAAUGGGAUUUUCGUUCUGUGUUCUGGGUUUUGAUUUUUGGUUUCUGGGCUUUUAAUGGUUUGUGAUUUCAUGAUCUGCUGUGGUUAUGUGGUGAUUUUUUGUUUGGUCUCUUGGAAACUCGAGGAAUGUUGAAAAGGGAGGGACUCUUUGCAUUUUCUUUAUAAUUGAAAUGAAAAUUUCUUAGAUUUUUGAAGGGUACCAGUACUAGUAUUAGUUCUGUCAUGAUUAGCUACAUGAAGGGUUUUGUAGAAAUGGAUUUUUUAUGGUGAUGAAUCUCGAGCUUUAUAAUUUGGGUUUUUUUUUUUAGCUUUUUAAAGUCAACAAAGAGUGUUUUGUAUUUCCUUCAAGCUGAUUCUUAUGCUAGGUAGGCCCUUUUUGAGUGUUUUUGGAAUGAUUUAGUUUCCGAUUCCAGAAUUGCCAUGGAAAGGACAAUGUGUAUCCAUAACUUAUUUGAUUAAACCAAAAAAACUCAAGUAGGUCAGAGCUCUUUGCGCGUGUCCCGUUCUCUUCUCCAGUCCUCCACAGAUAUUUAUCUAAUUUUAAAGUAAAUUUUUCUUGCUUCUUCAAGUUUAUAUUUGUAUAUCGAAAUGGAGGUCAAGCUAUGGAAUGACAAGCGCGAGAGAGAAAUGUAUGAGAAUUUUGCCGAGCUAUAUGCAAUAAUAAAAGCCACGGAGAAGCUUGAAAAGGCAUAUGUUCGUGACAUUAUAUCCUCAUCUGAGUAUGAAAUGGAGUGCCAGAAACUCAUUGCCCAUUUCAAAACUUUGGCUUCCUCUCUGAAAGACACAGUCCCUAGCAUCGAGCGCUUUGCAGAUACAUACAAGAUGGACUGCCCAGCUGCCAUCAACCGGCUUGUGACCUCCGGGGUGCCUGCCACAGUGGAACACCGUGCUGCUGCUGCUGUGUCGUCUACCACCUCAGCUUCCAUUGUGGCUGAGUGUGUCCAGAACUUCAUCACAGCUAUGGAUUCGUUGAAGUUGAAUAUGGUGGCUGUGGACCAGGUGCAUCCUUUGCUUUCAGACCUCUCAGCCUCACUGAACAAGCUGAGUAUUUUGCCACCUGACUUUGAGGGGAAGACAAAGAUGAAAGAAUGGAUUUUGAGGCUGUCUAAGAUGGGGGCUGCAGAUGAGCUGACAGAGCAGCAGGCCCGGCAACUUCAUUUUGAUCUGGAGUCCUCAUACAAUUCAUUUAUGGCAGCUUUGCCUAGUGCUGGUACUUGAUUGAUAUGAUUACUUGUAUAUUACUAAGCAAGUUCAUUGGAUUUGGGUUGUGCAAUAUAUAUUUCUUAUUUGCUGCCGCUACGUAGUUGAACCUUGGGUGAAGAUGAAUCAGAGAAGUUUCUUAUUCUGUAACUGCUUAUACUUUUGGGAAGGGUUGCAUCGAGGGCAGGAGAAUGGUAUUUUGUGCCCCAUUUUAAGAGAGAGUAUUUGUUGUCAUAUAUGAAAAAUUGGCUUGUACUUGAAUUUGUGUUCAUAAAUUGUACUCUAAUCUUCUAACUAGAUUAGAGUUAUCAA